AUGAUUAAGGAGAGCGAUGGCCGAGUCCAAGACAGAGCCGCAGUAAUUGCUCAUCCUCUUGAUCACAUGAUCAAGGAAAGUGGCUCAAAGAUAAAUCUGAGAAAUAGUCUCUUCAGUCGGCAAAGCGAGGCCAAGAUUAAGCAGAAAUGGGAAGUGAAGGAAGAAAAGAGACGGAAUGAAGAGUUAAAAGGCAGGGACGAGAGGGAACAGAUGAGCGAGAAAGGCAUCCUGGAACGGAAAUUGAUGGAGAAAAAGAGCAAGAACCGUACGGACAGGGAGGAGAGGCGGCAUGAUGGGGGCUUUGAGAGAUUGAGUGUGUUGGGAGAGAAGGUGAGGAUGAUAGCCACUCAGUAA